AUGGAAAGGAUGAACAAUGUCACAGAAUUCAUCCUGCUGGGCCUCACCCAGAACCCAGAACUGCAGAAAUUCCUAUUUGCUGUGUUUUCAGUCACCUACUUGACCACACUGGCAGGUAACCUGCUCAUCGCAGUCACCAUCUUCGUCAGCCCCGCCCUGGGCUCUCCCAUGUACUUUUUCCUGUCCUAUCUGUCCAUUAUAGACGGUUUCUACUCUUCUUCCAUAGCACCCAAAAUGAUCUUUGACUUGGUCUCUGAGAAGAGCACCAUCUCCUUCCAUGGAUGCAUGACCCAGCUCUUUGCUGAACAUUUCUUUGCGGCUGCUGAGAUCCUCUUGUUAAUUGUCAUGGCCUGUGACCGCUAUGUGGCCAUCUGUAAGCCCCUGCACUACCUCACCAUCAUGAGCCCACCUGUGUGUGGCUUUCUCGUGGGGGCAGCUGCAGUCUUGGCGUUUAUUCAUGGAGGCAUCCAGAUUUUGUUUAUGGUCCAGUUGCCAUUCUGUGGCCCCAAUAUCAUCGACCAUUUUUUGUGUGACUUAAUACCGCUCCUCGAGCUGGCCUGUACAGAUACUCACAUCUUGGGACCCCUGAUUGCUGCCAACAGUGGGUCCCUGUGUUUCCUUAGUUUUUCUAUGCUGGUAGCUUCCUAUGUCAUCAUCCUGCGCUCUCUGAGGACUUACAGCUCUGCAGGACGUCAAAAAGCCCUGUCUACCUGUGCCUCUCAUAUCACCGUUGUUGUCUUAUUCUUUGUACCUUGUUCAUACCUCUACCUAAGGCCCGUGGCCUCCUUCCCCACUGACAAAGCUGUGACGGUGUUUUGCACCCUCGUGACACCCAUGUUGAAUCCUUUAAUCUAUACCCUCAGAAAUGAGGAAGUGAAAAAUGUCAUGAAGAAGUUCUGGGGGAAAAUCUUGAAAAGUGAUGAAAAGAAAACUUUUUUCCUCCAAACUUAA